GUUGCGCUCUCUCUCUCUCUCUCAUUGGCUGUUGUGUUUCCUUCUGUAGGAAGUAGGAAGGGAAGCUGCACGGCUGUCCUCUGUGAAUGCGAUACCUUCCUUCCUUCCUCCCUCCCUCGUUCCCGUUUGUUGCCGUCUGCGUCUACGUUCUCCCAUCGCCCACUCCAAUUGUAAUCAAAAUUAAACAAGAUCAAUUAAGAUAUGGUCAAUGUGGGAUAUUUCAACACUUUGCUCCCCUAAAUCAAUCUGAGCUUUAAUAAUUCUCAACUACUCUUCAGCAAGUUCUAAAAGACGCUAGACGCUAGUCGGGCAGUUGGCUAGGGUCAGCAUUAGCAAUGGCAUUGCCUGACUCGUGGAUGCGAGAAUUCAAUGAUGCUUCAAAGCUUGCUGAUGAAAUCAAUGGCAUGAUUUCCGGAAGGAGUUCGUUGCCAGUGUCACCCUCUGGACCAGAAACACAACGUCAUAUGUCCGCAACUCGAAGAAAGGUUACGAUACUAAGGACAAAGCUUGAGACUUUGCACUCACUCCUGUCUAAGCUUCCCACCAAGCAGAAGCAGUCAAUAACAGGAAAAGAAAUGAAUCGUCGCAAAGAAAUGCUCGCAAGUUUGAGUUCUAAAGCUGAUCAAAUGGCUACUACUCUCAAUAUGUCUAGCCUUGCUAACAGAAAUAACUUGCUUGGCCCUGAUAAGAAGACGGAUGACAUAAUGAGCAGAACAACUGGUUUAAACAACCAUGGUCUUGUUGACUUUCAACGCCAAAUCAUGAAAGAACAAGAUGAAGGCCUUGACAAAUUGGAGGAGACGGUUAUUAGUACCAAACACAUUGCGUUGGCAGUCAAUGAGGAACUUGAUCUGCACACGAGGCUUCUGGAUAAUCUGGACCAGCAGGUGGACUCAACAAAUUCAAACCUACAGCGGGUGCAAAAGAAAUUGGCAGUACUGAACAAACGCAACAAAGGCGGUUGUUCUUGCUUGAUCCUACUGGUCAUUGGAGUUGUGAUUUUGAUAAUUGUCACCUGGGCAUUGAUUAAGUACUUGUAGCAGUAACGAGAAACUUUGCCAAUGCUCGAGUUUUUGAGCUGGAUGUGAUGCUAGUUAACUCGUAAUCAAACGGUUGGAGAGUGAGAAACUCAUGUCAUUGAUAUAUAAGUAUGUGUCAAAUUCUCAAUCCAAAACUUUUGGUUGAAUGAUACAUGUCUAUUCAUAUUGGCUCUGCUGUAUUGAGAGGGAUUACUAUUUGAAAGUGAGACACAGUUGUUGCAAUUAACUUGCUUGAGCUCCAGGUUUUCAAAGAGGAACACCAGUGGUCAGAUGGUGCGUAAUAUAAGAGCUUGUUUGGCAACCA